AGCAGUGGCCCACAAUACUCCGCUAAUACCCCCCUCGCGCGCGCCCCCGUCCUCAAAAGUCCUCGUCUCUCAUGGGUGCCGUCUGCUGCAGGCCUACGCCUAUAGACUUUGACGGAGACGUCAAUCUCUUCCACUUUGUUCUCCUCAGAUGUGUUGGCAAGGGUGCCUUUGGAAAGGUUCGCGUCGUGCAACAUAAACAGACGAAGGACCUAUAUGCGCUCAAGUACAUCAAUAAACCGAAAUGUGUGAAAAUGAAGGCGGUCGCGAACAUCAUCCAGGAGCGCAGGUUACUCGAGGAGAUCGACCACCCCUUCAUUGUCAACCUGCGAUAUGCCUUCCAAGAUGACGAGAAUUGCUUUUUCGUCCUCGACCUCAUGCUCGGCGGUGACCUUCGAUUCCAUCUGGAGCGGUUAGGGUGCUUGCCAGAAGAUACGGUACGGUUCUACGUUGCGGAACUCGCGUCGGCACUAGUCUACCUGCGCGACAAGCGCAUCAUGCAUCGAGAUCUCAAACCCGACAACAUCCUCCUCGACGAAUCCGGCCACGCCCACAUCACAGAUUUCAACAUCGCCGUACACUACACCGACAAACGCCUCCUGACCGGCGUCGCGGGCUCGAUGGCGUACAUGGCCCCCGAGAUCCUCGCCAAACGAGGAUACACGUAUCCCAUCGACUGGUGGUCCCUCGGCGUGUGCGCUUAUGAGCUCGUGUUUGGGCGGAGACCGUUCAGAGGACGGACGAAUUCGGCGCUGACGCAUUCGAUAUCGAAGGAUCCGUUGAGGUUUCCGGAGGGCGCGGAGGAGAAGUGUUCGAAGGCGGGCAUGCAGUUCUUGAAAUGGACACUGGACCGGGAUCCAUACAAGCGGCCAACAUGCACACCAGCGGCAGAUUUCGACGAGGUCAGACGGCAUCCGUGGUUCAAGGACAUCGACUGGGGUCUAUUGGAAAAUAAGCAAGCCCCACCGCCGUUCGUGCCUGACUCGAAGAAGGCAAAUUUCGACGCGUCGCAUGAGUUAGAGGAGUUGUUGUUGGAGGAUAAUCCGUUGAAGGCGAAGGCGAGGAAGGGGAGGGAUAUUAAUACGCUGAGUGCGGAGAUGAGGCAGAUGGAGGAACAAUUCACGAUCUACGACUUCAGAAUGAUGCACCGCCGGUCAUACUACCCACACAACGUCUCCCAACAAAUCGUCUCGACCGUCACCGCGACCUCUUCCUCCGGACUCGUGACGACGACCUCUCGGCCCGUGACGCCGGGGACGAUCGACCCCCGGAGCGACUCGGUGAUGGAGAUGCAUGGGAGCGAUAUUGGGCUGGGGGCGGCGGAGUUGAAGGGCGGACAGCCUGGGUUCGGGGUCGAGGAGGAUUUGGAUGAGGAUGGGAGUGGGGUGCAUAGGGUUUCGGGGGUGAGUGCGGGGCAGAGGGAGAGGGAACAGCAGAGUGGGAUGAAUGGGAAUGGGAAUGGGAAUGGACAUGCGGGGGCGGGGGCGUAUGGGGCGGGGCAGACGUAUGGAGGACAUGAGGGGGUGGUGGGGAAUGGGAACGGUAACGGGAACGGGAUGCAGAUGAGGGAUUUGAGUGAGAAGGGAGGGUAUGCGGAGUAGGUGGUGGGCGAGUGUAGGGGAAGUUAGCGGAUCGGAUUUAUGACCCACUCUUUUCGUGUGUGUUUAUCUCGCUCGGAUCGAGUCUCUGGUUCUGUGUGUUUUUAUCUCUCUCUGCUGUGGAUCCCCUUUCGAGCGGAGCGCGUCCUCCGUCGCCUCAUAUAAUACUCAUACCUUCUUUAUUUGUCUCGUUGCAUCAUAUACGUCUUCCAUCUUAAGCUUCCUUCCCUCUCGUUCUCGUCUCUCUCGACUUUUCCACCUUACACUCACUCAUGAGUAACCCUCCUCGUGCCGUACUACCACACUCUGACCCGUCUAUGCUUGUCAGUCUCGACUCGCUCCUGGGACUCAGUCGGGAUGGGGUGAACGGUUCUCUCCCCUUUCUCCUCGAUACCUCCGUUCCUCCUACGUUCUUACCUUCCUGCCUCAUUUAUCACUACUACUCUCCCCUUUGUCACGCCCGCUAACGCCCACCCGCAUCGCCUACCACCCACCACCACCCUUAACCCCCAUCCACAUUAUAUUUAGCACGAUAACAACACAACACAUAACAUAACAUAACAGCCAUUGCAUGUCUUUCCUCUACUCCUCUCCUUUUUUCUAUCGUUUCGCCUCUCUAUCGUCUCCUUAUUCCUUUCCUUUCCUUUUAUUCUUUGUUGUUUGAUUGUUCGCUCGAUCGUCCUCCUUUUUUCCUCUUUCUUACCGGGUCACUCUUGUGUUUCGUUUCGUUUCAUCUACGUAUCUCUUAUCUCUCGGUCGUGGUCGUCUCCUCUUUCUACUUUUCUAUCUUGACUGUUUUAUUCUUUUUUUGU